AUGGAUUCUUCAACCUCACUCACUGCCACUGCUUCCUUUCUGCCUGCCUCUGCCUGCAGGCGGUUUGUGAAGUUCAAUGGAGGCGUGGGGGAGGAGCAGCUCCGGUGGCUCGAAGGCGUUCUAUCAGUAGGCCCUCCAGUCCCUGCCUUCUCGCGUUCCUUUCAUGCUGCUUUCUUCCUUCUUUUGUGGGCCCACAUCUCUCCUUUUCUGGCCAUUGAGCCGUACCGGCUGCUCAUGCAUAACUCAGCCUGUGGUCUCACUCCUCCCUCUUGUUCUCUUCACCCCGCCUGCUCCCAUGUGUGGAACUACGAUGAGGUGAGCGUGACUUUUGAGUCGACCCAAAAGACCCAAAAGCCCACCACUGCUCUGCCCACUGCCACCUGCCUUGUCUGGAACUAUGAUGAGGUGAGCAAGACUCUUCUUGGGACUGCGAUAAGCGACCAUCCACAGGCACGAGUGUGUGGCAGCAGUGAUAGCCGGGCACGCGCACUUCGGAGCAUACACCUUUCCCUCUCCUCCAUGGUCCCCUUGAAGCAUGUGGAGCCGGUGCUAGCGACCAUUCACAGGCACGAGUGUGUGGCAGCAGUGAUAGCCGGGCACGCGCACUUCGGAGCAUACGCUCUCGACGCCAGAGGCAUCCACCACCGCAUCCUGGAGGGCGCUGUGGAGUGCCCCCCUGGAGGGCGCUGUGGGGUGUCCCACCCUUCCCCCCCGUUUCCCACUGCAACCAUCCACAGGCACGAGUGUGUGGCGGCAGUGAUAGCCGGGCACGCGCACUUCGGAGCGUACGCUCUCGACGCCAGAGGCAUCCACCACCGCAUCCUGGAGGGCGCUGUGGAGUGCCCCCCUGGCACGGUGGCGUUCGGGCAUGUGGACGUGUAUCCAGACCGCCUGUGCAUCAUUGGCACGGACCGCAUGCUCUGCACUGAGAUGAAGUUCCCCUCUCGGUCUGGCAGCGGCGCUGACCUGUAG